AUGGGAAUUGAUGUGGAGAAGGAAUUAGCCAAAGUCAAGCAGGCCCUCAAAGAAGCACCCCAAAAAGUUAAUCAAGAAAAAUUAAAGUUCUUGCGAGGUUUACAAAGAUCGGGAUUAAAACUAGAAUGGAUGAUUACUAAUAAAUUGCUGGUUAUUCCUUGUGGCUUGCGGCCAGUAGUCAAGUUGAAAGAAGAAGAUGUUUUGGCGACUAAUCAACACACUAAUUCUUUGUAUCGAAUAAUUUUGCGAUGCAAAAGGUUAGAAUAUUACCUCGAUUUAAAUAAAAAUACCGGAAUUUUCUUCCGCGAUAUUAUUCAUAAUGAAAAAAGAGGUCUGCAAAAGGCCGACGACCAAGUAAGAUAUGGCUCAACUUAUAAACAAAAUGAAGUCAAAAGUUUAUUACAAAGUUUAAGUGGUAAGGAGGGGAUAUUACGCCGUCAUUCAUUAGGAAAAAGGGUUGAUUAUUCCGCUCGUUCGGUAAUUGUGCCUAACCCAAAAUUGCUUUUGUACCAAAUUGGAUUACCGGUCAAAAUGGCUUUAACUCUUUACAAGCCAUUUAUUAUUCAAAAAAUAUUAAAAGAAAAAAUUGCUUUCACAGUCAAGGAAGCGGAACAAUUAUUUUACCAAGAAGACCCCGUUAUUUUCCCACUGCUUAAUAAAAUUAUCCAGGGACAUCCAGUCUUGGCUAAUCGUGCCCCUAGUUUACACCGCCUUAGUAUUCAAGGAUUUUAUCCUCGCUUGACCCUCGGCAAUUCAAUUGAACUCCAUCCUUUAAUAACUACUGCUUUGAACGCUGACUUUGAUGGAGACCAAAUUGCUAUUCACUUGCCAAUGACUGCUAAGUCAUGCGAGGAAGUUAAAGAACGCAUUCUUUCUCCUCACCACAUUAUUGACCCAAAAAAUGGCUACCUGAUAGAUAUUCCCAGCCAAGACAUGAUUUUGGUGGCUAUUCCUGCUGUUCUCGUUGGCCGUAAUUUUUCCGCGGCCCAGAAUCAAUUCCUCUUUACUACUUUAGGAAAAUUAAUUUUUAAUCAAAUUUUGCCAACUAGUUUUCCUUGCUAUGUCAAUGACUUAAAAGAAUAUAAUGAAGAAAAUAGUGGAAGUAAUGUAAGGAUAACUCCGCGGCCGGAAAUGGUGGAGUUUCUCGACCAAUUAAAGAAGAUUAGUUUUGAUUAUGCUACUCGCUCGGGAAUUAGUAUUUCGCCUUUCGAAUUAGAAGCAAUUAUUUCGGACAAAGAGAAAGUUCUCGCCAAAGCCAAAAAAGAAGCAGAAAAAAUUGCUAACCAUUUUGCUCAAGAUUCCGGAGCGCGGGCUAGUGAUGAAAGUCUCACCCAAAUUUUUGGCAUGCGUGGCAAUACUACUAAUUACUUAGGAGAGGGAAUGAUUGAUAUUGCUUUGAAAACUGCCGAAGCGGGCUAUUUAACUCGGCGUUUAGUGGAAUCUACCCAAAACUUAAUAGUUACUUCUUCUGACUGUGGAACUAACGCCAGCACGCUCUUGGCAGAGGGAGAUAUACCCCUCAGUAAAAGAGUUUAUGGCCGUUAUUUGGCUCAAGAUAUUUCUGAUAAAAAAGAAAAAAUUAUUUUAACUCAAAAUACUCUUUUGUUAGAAAAGGAAAUAGAGAUUAUUCAAGCCAAUAAAAUUGCUGCGGCUUACGUUUUUUCUCCGCUGACUUGCCAAUUAGUAAAUGGCAUUUGUCAAAAGUGUUAUGGCUUAGAUUUAAGUAAACCAGGUGAGACAAUUGAAAUGGGGACGGCGGUUGGAGUGAUUGCGGCUCAAUCACUCGGAGAGCCGGGAACUCAGUUGACCAUGCGAACUUUCCACACUGGAGGAAUAACCGGCGAUGAAGACAUUACCCAAGGUUUACCAAAAGUCAAGCAAAUAUUUGAUAAUGUUAAGCCCGAAAAAAGCGAGAAGGCAACUUUGGCGAAAAUUACUGGAAAGAUAACCAGCGUUGAAGAAAAAAUAAUCAAACAAAAAAGUGCCGAAGGAGGGGAAAAAGUUUAUCCCAUUAACAAGAAAUUAAAAGUGAGGGUCAACCAAGGAGACCUAAUAAAAAAAGGAGAAAGAUUAACGGGCGGAAAAAUAGAUUUAGAAGAAUAUUUAGAAAUUAUGGGACGGGAUAAGUGUCAAGAUUACAUUAAAGAAGAAGUGAGAAAAGUAUAUGAUAAUCAAGGAAUAGAUAUUAAUGAAAAACAUAUUGAGAUAUUUGCUCGGCAAAUGCUCUCCAAAGUAGAAAUAACCAAUGGCGGAGAUAGUGAUUAUUUAGUGGGAGAUUUAAUAAAUUAUCAGAAAUUAGAAAAAGUUAACCAGGAGUUAUUAGCCAAUAAAAAACAGCCCGUUUCCUUCAAAAAUAUUAUUUGUAGUUUGAAGGAUUUAGCCUCCCAUCCAGAUUCUUUCUUGGCUGGAAUUUCUUUCCAAAAUACUUUAAAAAGUUUGGUUAACUAUUCCUUAUAUCAGCCCGUUGAUUACUUACAGGGAUGUAAAGAAAAUUUAAUUGCGGGACAGUUGGUGCCAGUGGGACCAGGCUUUAAGGAACGAGAAAAGUUUCAACGAAAAAGCCCCCGCGUGGUCUAG